AUGACAGAUCUUCCUGAUGACCCGGUCCGUCCAUACAACACUCUUUCCAACAACCAACCCCCGCAACCCCCAAAACACCCCCUCCUCCCACCACUCCCAUCCCCAACACCAACGCAAACCACACAACCAACCCACAAUGUCCGAAGAUCCCACCACCACCACCCACCAACGACCCGCGGCCUCCCCUUCCCCGCCCCUCCGGCCCCAGUCCCCCAAACCCCCGGCCCACGCGCCUCCAAGCUCCAAGAAAUCUUCGACAAGGCGCUCCUCCGCACCCUGCGCGCAAACUCCUACGCGAACUUCUCCGGCUGUUUCCCGACCCCCGCGAAAUACGUCCCCGCUAGUCUGGAGAGCGUGUGGAGACAGUUGAAUGCGAAGUUGGAGGAGAGCGCGAAGGCCGAGUUCGAGGAUAUUCUGACGGAGAGGGAUGCGGUCACGCAGUUGAAUGAGUUGGAUCGGCUGGUUGGUGAGGCCAGGUAUCGCAGGGAUCAUGGGGAGGGGGAGGAGACUGUUGCGCCGCAUACGUUGAGUCCCGAGGAGUUGUAUCAAGCGCAUCUUUUGCCGCAUUUGAUGGAGACGCAGGCCAACUUGGAUGCCAGGAUUGGGUCCGUUCAGGUUGAGAAUGAGGAGUUGGCUGGGAAAGUCCAGGAGCAGAGGGCCGAGAUCGAGAGGUUGUUGUCUGGGCUGGAGGCCGUUGUUGCCGAUGUGGAGGGCGCCGCGGCUGCGACAACCCAGUUUACCACCGAGAAUCAGCUUCGUCAGGAGGCGGCACAGAUGGAUGGAGAGGUCAGGGCUCGGUUGGGGAUGUGAUUUAGUGAUUUGGUGGUUUGGCUUGGCUUGGAGUGGUUCUACGAUGUGAUGGCUGGCUGGCUGGCUGGCUGGCUACUCUCCAUUUUUGAUCUGGCCCUUGUUCGCUUGGGUAUAUUACUACGGCAACAGAACCUCCAUAUCGCCCGGACUCAUCCACCCAUCGUCGACCACGUCCUCCGCCACUAUCAUCAGCUCCUUGGGUGCCGCCUUUUGGAGCUGUCGAAGCUUGUCUUUUUGACCUUCCAAGGCAGCUGCGAUCGCCUCUUUACACGUCCCGUCCCGUUCCUCGUCUGCCGCCCGGUCUCUCCUGGCUAGGGCUGCGGCGCCUCGGUAAUAGGUCUGGGCAUUGCGAAGCAGUAGCGCUGCGUUCUGCUGAGCCAUACCAUACUCCCAUGGAGACAGUCCAAGCCUCCAUCUGCUCAUCUCCACGUCCCCCCUUGCCAGGU